GCGGCCUGUAUCGUGGCCCCUCCGUGUGUCCCAACAAGCUCCCGUCCCAAUUCGGCCCCUCCCCCCCUCCCUCUCGAUGCCGGCGUUUGCGACGGGACGUUUCUCAAGGUCUGUUGCCAACGUCCCGACUGUUUAUGUUCGGUCUUUCUGCUCGUCCUUGUCUCUCCUUUCUUGCUUUUGUUGCGCAGCAGGCAAUUGGGACCCUCCGAAGCCGGUCCCUUACUGAGCUUCCUCCACAGAUUUUGGGUACCACUUUAGACCUUUAUCUUAGGCAGUUUUGUGAACCGGAGAGCUCUCCUUUUCCGCCGCUGCUGUCGCUUGUUUCUCGCCAACGCCGCGCCGUCGAUUGGGAAGCCAUACGCCCAGCCGAAAGCUCGCCAUGGUCGUCUUUGAUGGUCACGAGUACCUCACCGAGGAGGAGAGGCGGCUGCAGGAAGACCGCCGCCGCACCAAGUACUGGAAGAAGUGGGGUCCCUACGUCUCCGAGAGGCAGUGGGCCACCGUGCGUGAGGACUACAGUGCCGACGGCGAUGCUUGGAGUCACUUCCCGCACGAUCACGCCCGGUCUCGCGCAUACAGAUGGGGUGAGGACGGCAUCGCCGGUGUCUGCGAUACGCAUGGCUAUCAGAACAUUGCAUUCGCUUUCUGGAACGAGAAGGACUCCUUUCUCAAGGAGCGCCUGUUCGGUUUGUCCAACCCGCAGGGGAACCACGGCGAGAGCAUCAAGGAGGCGCACUUCCAUCUGGACAACACGCCGCACUCAUACAUGAAGUACCUCUACAAAUACCCGCAAAAGGCGUUCCCUUACGAGGAUCUGCUCAAGGAAAAUGCGAGGCGAGGAAAGGAGGACCGGGAGUACCAGAUCCUCGACACCGGCGUCUUCGACGAAGACCGCUAUUGGGACAUCUUCAUCGAGACGGCCAAGGCAGAUGAUGACCCCGACGAGCUCCUCUUCCGCGUCACCGCCUGGAACAGAGGGCCUGAGCGUGCCCCCCUCCACAUCAUCCCCCACGUGUGGUUCCGCAACACCUGGUCUUGGGGCCGGGAGCCUGCCGAACACAGACCCUCUAUGGGUAUCUUUGACGAGAACUUGAUCAAGUCCAAGCAUCACUAUCUAGGAGACCGAUAUGUCCUGUUCUCUCCCUCACCCGGGGUCGGUCCUAGCAAGGCAGAUGUCGAGCCCGAGUUGAUCUUCACGGAGAACGAGACGAACUACGAGCUCCUUUACGGAGGCAAGAACGUGACACCGUACGUCAAGGACGCCUUUCACCGCUACAUUGUCAACCGCGAGAAGGGCGCGGUCAACCCCGCUCAGGUUGGCACCAAAGCUGCCGCUUGGUUCACUUUCAACGAAGCCGGAGGCGUCAAUCCGGGCGAGUGCGCAGUGGUUCGCUUCCGGUUCUCUAGGAAAGCAGAGACGUACCUUGACGAGGAGGAGUUCGACGAGAUCAUGGAGAGAAAGCGGGAGGAGGCCGACGACUUCUACUACCACAUCAGCCCCUUGCCAAUGGCGGACGAUCUUCGCAACAUCCAGAGGCAGGCAUUCGCAGGCAUGAUGUGGUGCAAGCAACACUAUCUCUUCAUUUGGGACGAGUGGGCGAACGGGGACCCCAGCCAGCCGCCACCCCCUCCAGGCCGAAAGGGCAUUCGCAACGCUGCGUGGAAACACCUGCACUGCGACGACAUCCUGUCCAUGCCCGACUCCUGGGAAUACCCCUUCUUUGCCGCCUGGGAUACCAGCUUUCACUGCAUCACCCUAGCCAUGAUCGACCCGGAAUUCGCGAAGAAGCAGCUCGACCUCUUCACCCGCGAGUGGUACUGCCACCCCAAUGGCCAGCUCCCAGCAUACGAGUGGAACUUUGGGGAUGUCAAUCCUCCCGUCCACGCCUGGGCGACGUUCCGUGUCUUCAAGAUUGAGCGCAAGCUCUACGGAAGACAGGAUCUCGAUUUCCUCGAGAGGGUGUUCCAGAAGUUGCUGCUCAAUUUUACGUGGUGGGUGAACCGGAAGGACGUCGAAGGCAAGAAUGUCUUUGAGGGCGGGUUCCUCGGAUUGGACAACAUCGGCUUGUUCAACCGCUCCGAGCCAUUACCCACCGGCGGCACCCUGGAGCAGGCCGACAGCACGGGCUGGAUGGCCUUCUACUGUCUCACGAUGCUCAACAUUGCUCUGGAGCUUGCGAAACACCGCCGGAUCUAUGAGGAUAUUGCCACCAAAUUCUUCGAGCACUUUAUCCUGAUCAGCGACGCCAUGACGUUCAGGAUGGGCCAGAAGGACGAGCAGUCUCUCUGGAACGAGCAGGACGGGUUUUACUACGACGCCAUUUCGUGGGGUGGCCCGUGGAUCCAACAACUGCCCGUCCGGUCCUUGGUCGGGCUGAUUCCCCUCUACGCAACGCUCACGUUGGAACCGGAGCUCGUCAACCGGCUUCCAACCUUCAAGAAGCGCAUUGAGUGGUUCAUCGCCCACCGCUGCGACGUCGCCGAGCGGACGAUGCACAGCAUCCGCACCCGCGGCAAGGGCAACAGAAUCCUCCUGUCGCUCGUCAACAAGGAGCGGCUGAUAAAGAUUCUCAAGCGCAUGCUGGACGAGGAUGAGUUCCUCAGCCCUCAUGGAAUCCGCUCGCUGUCUAAGUAUCACAAAGAGCACCCGUACUCCAUGGAAGUCAACGGGCAGACGUUCAAGGUGGGCUACGUGCCCGGGGACUCGGACAGCGGUCUCUUCGGCGGCAACAGCAACUGGCGGGGCCCGAUUUGGUUGUGUGUCAACUUCCUGCUGGUCGAGUCGCUGCAGCGCUUCUACCUCUUCUUCGGGCCGAACCUGCAGGUCGAGUGCCCCGUGGGCUCGGGCGACUACAUGCAUCUGGGCCACGUCUCGGAGGAGAUCCAGCACCGGCUGCAGCAUCUCUUCGCCCGCCGCGACGACGGCCGCCGGAGCAUCAACGGCGGCAACGACACCCUCGACUUCGACCCCCACUGGCGCGACUACUUGUGGUUCUACGAGUUCUUCGACGGCGACACGGGCCGCGGGCUAGGCGCGACGCACCAGUGCGGGUGGACCGGUCUUAUCGCCCGCAUGAUCCACGACACUGGCGUGAACUGCCGCCUCCCGCAGACCCCGCGCACGCCGCGCGCCGGCAUGCAGCACUACUUCGACGACAUCCUGCACCACCGCCACGUCGGCAGCGCGCAGACGCCCAGGACCCCCGGCGCGCUGUCGCCCACGCUGCCCCGCAUGCGCCGCAGCUCCACGAGCCGCUCGCUCGCCGCCCGCAGCGACUACAGCGCGACGACGACGACGACGACGACGACGACGACCGACGUCAACGGUGACGGCGACGUCAACGGCGACGGCGACGACACCACCCAAGGAGGGUAUGACGGCAACGGCGGCGGUGGUGGCGCGGCGAGGCGCGGAUCGGUCCACGCGGCGGCGGGACUGCUGUACGACGAUCCGGAGCGGGCGAGGGCGCGCGCCGAGGCGGACGCGCAUCUGCAUGCGUAUAUCUCGCAGCAGCUGGAGCGGGUACGGUUGGAGAGGCGUGAUGAAGAUGGUGCGGACGAGUUUGAGGCGAGGGUUUGAAAGGACUGGGAACUGGGGAAUUAGGGUAGAUGGGACUGGGAGGUUGGCAGAGAGGCAGAUAGAUAUUGUUCUCUCGGUCGUUGGUGAUGUGGGGUGGGUAUAUAGUAAGGGGUGGUGUAGCUGUGGUAUAUCGGGAGGAGCAGGGAAAGGGGUAUAUUGAGGGUCCGUUGGGUGUUGAGUUGGAAAAGAGGGAUGUUUGUGGAUAUGCUUGAUAGAAAUAGAUAGAGUUGUCUUGGAAACAUGCAAUUGAAAGAAGGCAGCCAUCUCUUUGCUGUUGCUUUACGGUUUAGCUGUGAGGAGCGCAGAGUAUCUGCAACUAAAGCAAGACGGCAAGCCGAGUUUCAGGGGCUGAUGUUUG